UGUAGUGGGUGGUGCGAGCUGAGGGACUGCUAUCUUUUCUACACUUCCAAAGCAGAUAGCGAAAUACUCGGUAAACUGCCGGGCUUCACUUCAAUACUGUUCAGGCUUUGAUAAUCAUUCACGGCGCAGCAUGGCUGAGACGGACCCCAAGUCGGUGCAGGACCUUACCAAUGUGGUCCAGACACUGCUGCAACAGAUGCAGGACAAGUUCCAGACCAUGUCAGACCAGAUCAUCGGGAGGAUCGAUGAAAUGAGCACGCGUAUUGAUGACCUGGAGAAGAACAUUGCUGACCUGAUGACCCAGGCUGGUGUUGAAGAGAUCGAGGCAGCACCGGAAAAGGCUAAAGAGGGUCAGGGCUCAUCAUGAAGGUUCUUAUGAAGCGAGGCCUGAAGUCGGAUCCUAUAUUCAGGAGCAGGAGACUUCAGUUCUGAAAAUGACUUAU